GUUGCGGUGACAGUUUGAGGUUAUGUAAUAAGAUGUUGCGGGUGGUUUUGAGUACUCUUCCGGAAGGAAUCCCGGUGAAUUCCUGGGCAGGACUGCAGGCCGUACGAUGGCACCGGAAGCCUCGGUGGGUGCCAAUGGCAAAGACUCGCUAUAACAAGGAACCAGUGCGAAAACCAGUGGAUGUUGAGGAAAAAGAAGAAAUGUUACGGCUCUACAACAUGUAUCGCACGCAAUACAGGAGCGUCCGGAAGUUCCUCUUCGCUGAAGUGGCGUCUAAGGAGACACAGAACACAAUCCUGUCGCAAUCUCCAGAGGAGGAGGAAGAUGACAUGAGGAACGCCAUUGCCAUCAAUGAUGAGUGGAACAAAGAAAUUGUCAUGAUUAGAGACCAGAGGCUGGAAAAGCGGCGGAAUGCCAAAACAGAAGACGUCCUGGAGCGCAUAGAAGCGAAGAAGCUCCGCGAUGAGGAGCGUCGCCGGUGGGCAGACGAAAGAGUGCAGCAUGAAAUCGAGAGAUCUAAGCACUUCAUCAAGCGCGAGAAUCUGGAGAGUGCUAUUGAGAAAGCUCUGGACAAUCCCGUAGACUUCAACUUCGCCAUUGACCUCAAUCUGAACAUCUACAGGGGGAAGACCACGGCCACGCCGACGGAGAAGCUUUCCCGGGAAUCAGAGAUGCAGCAGCAAUAGAGAAAAGUAAAAUAAAUCCGUAGAAAUUCUA